UAUAAAUUAUAACGUUGGCUGCAUUUUAGUGGAAAAAAAAUAUUGGCGCGAACUAAAGGAGCGAUAGCUUUGUGUACACUCAGAAUAAUUCCAAUUAAACAAUUACAGCUUCAAGUAAUAAUAUAAUUAAGAUGAUGGAUGACACGACAACCGCACGUUUGCAAGGCUACGUGGUUGACAGCAAUGAAGUUCUGGAGUUCAAACUAGUCCGAGACGAACGAGAUCUCGAGGAUGCGGAAACUUCGUUUGCUCCUGAGAUGUCCCACCAGGUCUUCGGAGACAGUGAGACCAUCUUCGGUUUUAAGGAUUUAAAAAUAAAGCUGUACUAUUCUGCUGGGUCUCUAGAAACUUAUCUGGGUAUGAGUUAUUCUGAAAAAUUGCCAAAAGGAAUGUUUGAGGGAGUUGAAGCUGAUGACGUUCUGCCUAAGAUAAAAGACAAGUUGGCUCCUCAGGUUCAUGAUAACUUGGAUUCAUUUAUAAAAGCUUUGACUAAAGAUGACACUUUUAGACCAGCUGGAGAACUCAUACAUUCAUUCACUGCUACAGAUGAAGAAGAAAAAACUCGUAACUUUGAAGUUUACAAAGCAGAUAUGACUUGCAAAGGAUUCAAGGAAUAUCAUCAACGAUUGCAGACAUUUUUACUGUGGUAUAUCGACGCAGCGAGUUUUAUAGACAUUGAUGACGACCAGUGGCAUUAUUUUAACAUGUUUGAAAAAUUUACAUCUACUUCUGGGUCUGCACGUUACGCAACUGUCGGUUUUGCUACUGUUUAUCAAUAUUACGCUUAUCCUAAUCACACAAGACCGCGUAUUGCUCAAAUUCUUGUCUUACCGCCCUUCCAAGGUCUUGGAUUAGGCGCUAAUUUACUGAGAGCCAUGUACCGGCAAUACAUCGGCGAUAAUCAAGUCAAAGACAUUACUGUGGAAGAUCCUUCUCCUGACUUUCAACGAGUAAGAGACUACGUCGACGCACUGAAUUGCGCAACUCUCCCGGCUUUCGGACGAGAAUUUCUUCAAAAUAAAUUCAACAAAGCUAUGGCUCUAGAGGCGAGGGAAAAAUUUAAAAUUAACAAGCGACAAGCUAGGAGAAUUUAUGAAAUCUUGAGGCUAAAAGUCACAGACCUCUCUAACGAGAACGAGUACCGUGAUUACAGGCUUGAAGUAAAGAAACGUCUGAAUGUUCCUUACAAACGCGAGCGCAGAGAUCUUAAAAAAUUGGAGUCUGUUGUCAAGAGUCUGGAUAAAAAAGAAACUAGCAACGUGAUCCUUUUGCCCAAUGAACAGCGCAUUCAAGCACUCGAAAAGGAGUACCGUGCGCUCGAAGAAGAGUACAAGAAAGUUAUAAAACGUCUUGACGAAACUUCCGAGCAGUAAUUAUUAUUUUCUAGCUCAUAGAUAUUAGAACUUUUUUUAUACUAUUAUAAUUAAGAUGUUUUUUGAGUUUGAGUUUUUUUUCGUACAAUGAGUUAGAUUUUUUGAAGCAACUUUGACACUUUGCUUUUUUUCAUUCAAGCUUUCAUUUAUAUAUACUGUAAAUAAUGCUUGUAGAAGAAGUAUGUAAUAAAUACAGUUUUUCAUAAAUUUA